CGUCGAUCGUUGCGCCGCCGCCAGCGUACGCGACGCCAAGCAAUUCUCCAGCUGCUGUGGUCUCACAUCAGUGUGCCAGCGACCCCAGCUCGACGUAGGACGACCGGCGAGCGUCAAAUUGGGCCUCACAAGCAGAACCAAAAAAUCUAGCUAACUAUAUUUUUUUUGCGGUAGCAGCCAGCCGCGGGCCGGACACACGGCACACGAGGCACCGGGACACCACUGAGGACCGGCGCACGCCUGCGGCACCGAGUUUCCCAAGCUACAACAACCGUAAACAAGAAUGAGGGACGAGGCCGCCCUCUUCGCGGCCCAGGCCGCCGAGGCCUUUGUGCUCAAAACUGCAUCAUCGAUAGACGACGUCCUCUGGUUCGCCAAAUUUUUAACACGUGAGAGAUCACGAGUAGAGCGGGGCCGGAACAUUUUCGUCUAUUGCGUGAUAUGUCUCCUGCAGACCAUGCUGGCCUUCUUGAUCGCUCGAAGUGGCGAAGAAGCGUUGGACGCCUGGGUGCACCUGCACCACUUCUCGUCGGAGCGAUUGCUGACGUGCAUUGCUGCCGGUGGGUUAGGCCUCUAUUCCAUCAAAUUACUGUUGGAGGAGUUUGAAGAGAGAGAAAUGUGCUGCUACGCACCAAAGGGGGGCUACGAGCAGACGCCGACGUCGGAGAAGAAGCCGUUUCCCUCCAAAAAAUCCAUCGAUGACGAGGAUGAUGUCAACGGAGUCGAAAUGCUCGAGGUGCGCUCCGAGGGCUCCGACGACUCGCCGCCGCGCGCCGCGCGCGCCGAGGGUUCCGAUGAAAAACCGACGGCGUCGCCGCUGCACGAAACACUGGAGGACGUCGAUCUAGAGGCGAACGACUCAGGAGACGACAACGAAGACGACGACGACGAGGAAGAGAUGGACACGUCCUCCAUGCGCACGCUCAUCGUCGUGGCCUUCUGCGGGUCGCUCGACGAUCUGACGCUCUUCGUGCCGAUGCUGGCGGGCGGCGCGAUCGGUCCUUUGGCGCUCGUGACAGGGGCGCUGGCGGCCACGGCGCUUGUGGUCUUACUGUGCCUCUUCCUCAAUUUGUUUCAGAGGGUGUCGGACUGCCUCCAGAAGAUACCAUUGGUGGCGAUUACGUCGUGCUUCUUUGUGUAUCUCGUGCUGAAGGCGACGGUGCUUUCGGGGGAGAUGCGAUGAUGACC